UCCAAGUCCCCCCUGCAGCCCCCCCCCAGGCGAGCCGUCCCCCACUCUGGGGUCUCUGUCUUGCUCACAGGGGCCGAGAAGCUGAUCCACCACCUGCGGAAGCACAGCAUACCCUUCGCCCUGGCCACCAGCUCGGGGACCACGUCCUUCGAGAUGAAGACCGGCAGACACAAGGCCUUCUUCGGCCUGUUUGACCACAUCGUGCUGGGGGACGACCCCGAGGUGAAGGGCGGCAAGCCCCACCCCGACAUCUUCCUCACCUGCGCCCGGAGGUUCUCCCCUGCGCCGCCCCUGGAGCAGGUAGGCUGGGUGCGGGCUGCGAGGGUCCCGCUGUGGCUGCACCGAGCAGAGCCACGUGGCGCCCGCUGAACACCAGGGCUUGGUGCCUGUCCCUGGCCGGCAGCCGGUGAGGUCAGAGCUGCGCCCCAGUCCCCAGUGACACUGGGCCAGGCCCACAGUGGACACCCCACUGCCCGAAGG